CAUAUCGGGCAUUUAUGGCUUUUCUUCAUCUUGUCUCUUACUAAUUCUGCUUCCCACGUAUAUGAUAUUAAAUUGUAUCGUCUCAAAUGUUUUACUCUCUUUUCUAAUUUCCGAUUCAAUACUCCAUUGGUCUGCAUCUCUUCUUUUCUUAGUUUAUCCGUCCAUUCAAAACGCAUGAUUCUUGUCACCUCUCUCCCCUCUUCCUCGAACCCAUACCGUGAGCAACAAGCCAUGACCCCGGCCCAACCUGGACCGGUACCGGAUAUAUUUAGACCGGUUGGCAGAGCAGACCAGGCGGCAUUCAGCUGACGCUCUUGAAAGCAGGACGUCCACACUAGGAACCUCUCCUUCCAUCGUCUACCAUCUCCACGGGCUACCAACAAACUUCAUCAGCAAAAGCAUCUAUCCACCUCUUCUUUUCUGGCAACCCUCCCAUACGCACUCGCCCGGCUCUCGCAGAUAACGGGCAUGCGAGCGCAUUCAAAAGCCAAACACCGUCACAGUUCGACGUUAUCGCAUUGACGAAGGAGCAGCGUUACAUGAAUGUUCGAUUUUGGACUUCUUCCCAUUUUUGUUUUUAGAUGGCCAAAUAUACUUGAUUUUGAGCAGAAGACGUACAAUUUGCCGGAGAGAAUCUUUGAAACCAGUGCGUUGUGACAAGUAAAAGGAAUUUAUAAGGGUUUGGCUUUUUAAAAAAGUGAGGGAAUUUUUCAACGGCACGAUGCAGUUCGGCACGUGUUCCAUCGCCUUCCUUCUGAUGCUAUCCGUGACGUCAUCGCAGAUACCAGUCUCUAUGGGCGUCGAAGCGGAUCUUUUCGACGGCUUCGGCAUCUACAACUCCCGAAUCCCCGGGGUCUCACCCGCCCCGCAGGAGAACUCUAACAUCUACGGCGAUGCCUUCUUCUUCAACGGCAUAAGCAUUCGUUAUCCCAUCAUCGCCAACCAAGAAUUCUUCAAGAAGUUCGCUAAGGAGAUGCGGAAGAAUGAGGAUGUAUACUUCGUGAUUCGAUCACGGCUUGCUCCUCGGCAUCAUGGAGUCUUAUUCGGAGUGUACUCGAGUAAUUACUACUCACAGGACACCUUCAGAACGCCACUUAGGUUUGAGCUGUCCUACAAUGGCACAAAUGGAGGAAAAUUGGUCCUCAAAUACCGCGUCGGAGAUCAGCAACGCCAGGCGGAGUUCCCCAACCUCCUCGUGGUUGACGGUGAUUGGCACACCAUUAUCCUCCAGUUCCACACCGAACGAUCCAGCACGACCCUCACACUCUAUGUCGACUGCCGGCUCGCUAAUCAGAUGAAGAUAGGGGAUAAGUUAUCCAGGGUCUUCUCUCGAACGGUGAUCGACGGUUCAGAGAUGAGGCUGGGUCAGGCUGGUUACGGCAUGACUGCAAACCCACUGAAGGGUACGAUUCAGAAUGUUAGGUUCAUGUAUGGAGGUCCAAUAGGAGAUGUGCUCCACUCACUCUCAUGCAGUCUGUCUACGGAACCUAAGCCACUUGAUGCUGAUGGAUGGCCUGGAGCGACUAUUUUGAUGGACGCCUUUCAAUCCUUGUCUAGUACACUCAUGGUCUUGAAAAACGGCAUGGAUGACCAGACCCGUGAGAUCCGACAUCUAAGGAAUACCCUCGAAAACUGCAGAAUGUGUGAGCGAACCGAUUAUUUUACCUCAGGUCCUCAGACAAUCAUCACACAUGGGUGUAGCUCGAAUCCUUGCUUCCCCGAUGUUAUGUGCUUUGAUGAGCCCGAUGGUCUGGGAUACAGGUGCGGUCCUUGCCCCGCUGGCUACCGAGGAAACGGCUCCUACUGUUACGAUAUCAACGAGUGUAUUGAAGCUUACCCGUGUUCAGACGUAGUAGAGUGUAUCAACCUAGUCCCAGGGUUCCGCUGUCCACCAUGUCCUGAAGGAUUCAUCGGUCUUGGAUUAGAAGGAAUCGGUCUUGAAGCUGCUGUUAGGAACAGACAGGUUUGCGAUGAUAUCAAUGAGUGCGAAAGAAACAAUGGUGACUGCGUGCCAAACUCUUACUGCAUCAACACAAGGGGUUCACACAUCUGCGGUGACUGCAAGCACGGGUUUGAAGGCAACCAAACGGUUGGAUGUAAGCAGAAGAAUACAUGUCCUAAUGGAGAACGCAGUCCCUGUCACCCCAAGGCUAAAUGCAUCAUACACAGGAAUAACGCUUAUACGUGCGAGUGUAUCAUUGGGUGGGCCGGUGACGGCUACGAUUGCGCUCUUGAUACCGAUCUGGACGGCUAUCCUGAUUACGCUCUUCCAUGUACCGACAAGCAUUGCAGAGCUGACAAUUGCGUAUAUAUUCCUAACAGCGGACAGGAGAAUCAAGAUGGCGACGAAAUGGGUGACAUUUGUGACCCGGAUGCAGACAAUGAUGGAGUUCCUAAUGGUCCGGAUAACUGCCCUCUGGUGGCGAACCCUGAUCAAGUGAAUAGCCAAGACGAUGACCCGGUGGGCGAAAGAUGUGAUAACUGUCCGAUGACGCCUAACCCCAAGCAGAUUGAUACCGAUGCAGACGGCAAGGGUGACGAGUGCGACGACGAUAAGGACAAUGAUGGUAUCCUAAACAUCUACGAUAACUGUGAACUUGUUCCGAACAGGAUGCAAGAUGAUACUGAUGGGGAUGGUCUCGGUGACGCUUGUGAUAACUGUCCCAUGCAAUACAAUCCAGACCAGAAUAACACGGAUUCUGAUUUGCUUGGAGAUAUCUGCGAUAACAAUGAGGAUUCGGACGACGAUGGUAUUCAGGACAACUUGGACAACUGCCCCAAAAUCCCAAACAACCCUCAGCUAGACUCCGACGGUGAUGGCAGGGGUGAUGCAUGCGACGACGAUGACGACAGCGACGGUGUUUAUGACAUCGUAGACAACUGUAGGAUCAUUCAUAACCCUGACCAAGCAGAUUAUAAUCAGGAUGGCAUCGGUGAUAUGUGCGACAGUGAUUUCGAUCGUGACGGCGUGGAUGAUCAAUAUGAUGCCUGUCCUGAGAACCCUAAUAUAUUCACCACCGAUCUCAGAACCUAUCAGACUGUGGUCCUAGAUCCAGAGGGUGAAGCUCAAGUCGAUCCUAAGUGGAUUGUCUUUGACGAGGGUCGUCAGAUCAUGCAAACCAUCAACAGCGAUCCCGGCUUAGCCAUCUCUUACCAAGCCUUCGACGGUGUGGACUUCGAAGGAACCUUCUUUGUGAACACCCGAACUGAUGAUGACUUCGCAGGUUUUGUCUUUGGUUACCAGGAUUCGGCUAGUUUCUACGUCCUGAUGUGGAAGCAGGGUCCACAGACCUAUUGGGAAGCUUCCCCAUUCAGGGCCGUCGGUGAACCGGGCUUCCAACUUAAGGUUAUCAAAUCCGAUACUGGUCCAGGUGAGAUGAUGAGGAACGCUCUGUGGCAUACGGGAGAUACACCGGGACAGUCACGUCUUCUGUGGAAGGACCCGAAUAACCAUGGUUGGAAGGAUCACGUGGCCUACAGGUGGAGAGUCGUCCACAGGCCUUCGAUAGGUCUCAUCAGGGUAAAGCUGUACGAAGCAGACAGUCUGGUAGCGGACUCUGGGUUCCUCCGAGACACAACGAUGAGAGGUGGAAGGAUCGGUCUGUUCUGCUUCUCACAAGAAGAUAUCAUCUGGGCCAGAAUAACCUACAAAUGUAAUGAUGAUAUACCGGAGGGUGUUACCUUCUGAGGGGCGAAACCAUCUCCGUCCUGAAAGCGACUUGCCGACAAUAUAAAUCGUAUUCAAGCCAUCAUCGUAAAACAUCCAACAAACCUUUACAGAAAGAAGAGUAACACUUUAAUUAUGUACUUCUGGACAACCGAAAAAACUCCUAAUUUCUGACGUCAGGACGAGGGGGAGUUUGGCGUAAUUUAGUCACUGGCCGAAUGCCCAUUUUUACCUGUAAUUUGCACAAAAUUUGACUUGACGUGGAUCAUUGAUAUUAGGAUUUACAUUUGUAUGAUGCUUUUAAGAAGAGAGGAAGGCAGUUUGUUGCCGAAUUGACGAAUGGUCUUAAUUCAUAGCCGAAGAACUUUUAAGAGCAAUCUCACUGACGAUUGCAUAGGAAAGGAGAAAUAUUUUAUGCAGAGUGUAAAAAUUAAAGUGUAAAACUUGUAUUCUAAUCAUUUUUUAACUGCUCCUGGAUCAGGAUUUUUUCUUAUUAUGCCACCUUGCGUUGGAAGUACUUGAGAAAAAUAUUAUUUGAUUUAUAGAUUUAUGUAUUUGACUUCUUUCAUAGAAAUUAAAGAAAAGUAAACUUUGUGAAAACGUUUUUUUUUCCUUCUUCCUUUUUUUCUUCUACGAUAUCUUUAGAUCUUGUUAUUUCAUAAAAUAUAUUUUAAUUAACUCUAUGUUUUGUCUAAAAGGAUUGUUUGGCGUUCUCUGAAUAUUUUUCUUCUAAAGUACGCUAAUUCAGUAUGAAACAUGGUUGAUUUACACCCAAAGGAAUAAUUGAGAAUUUUUUAAAUAUAGAAUUUAUAUUUUUUCUUCUUAUCGUAAAGGUGAAAUUAAACCCAGCUCAUGUGGUGAAAUGACGGUGAAUAAAGUAAGAAUCAAUGAAUUUGUCAGAGUGUUCAAGCGAACAAAAGAGUUAUUUAUGUUUUGAAUAUUAAUUACAUUAUGAUGAUAUUAAUACAAUUUUAAAGAGGCAAGUUUAAUCGAUAUAGAAACGCAGCUUAAACAUAAAUUUAAGUUAUAACAUGGAAAUAUCACUAAGGUCACAAACCUGUUUGAUAUUGAUAUAUGUAAUAUUUUUAUCGUGCAAUUGAUGAGUUUUACUUCUUUAUGUAAGUACAGACGUACGAAUAGGGCAGGGUUUAGGCGACAUCCGGUUUGUGUCAUUUAAUUAAUUUAUCUAUUAAUUUGUUUAUUAUACAUAUUGUACAUAUGUUUGAGAAUGAUUAGACAAUGUAAAUGUGCAUGUAUUUGUGUUGAAAUUAGUUUUAAUACUCAACGACAGCCCUAAAAUGUAUUGAAAUAUUCAAAGGAUCUAAACACAGAUUUUGUGAAACUUUAUUUGUUAGGUCAAAUUAAAAAAAACAUAAAUAUUCAACAAGUUUCAGAGAAAAGCAGUUUUUGUAAUGAUUGAAAAGAACAAUGUACGUUAGUUAAACUACAUUAAUCAAAAUAUUAAUUAUACUUCAAGUAUCUAAAAUAUGAUUUUGUAAUCAUUCUAAAAAUGUAUAUUGAGCUCGAAAUAAUGCAACAAUGAAAUAAUCCUGAAAUAAAAAAUGAAGACGAUCAUUGUUUUGUCUAGGGGGGGGGGGGUCCAUUAGUUUGGUUGCACAAAAUAGAGAAGAAAAAUAUUCAUUACCUUAGCUUCAUGCUCUCCCCCUUUGAAGUUGCAAAUGCUUAUUCUGAACUUUUCGACUGUACAUUUUCUGACUUCUACCGAUUGUCCCUGAUGACAUUUCCUGAAUCUUACAUCUUAUCUAUAGAUUAUCUUUAUCAUGCUUAUGAACGCGUUACGUAUGAACAUAUAAUUAAUUGUUCUAAUUGACUUUUUAUCGAUCUGUACUUCUUUCUGUUUGGAAAAUUGAAUAAGAAUAUAAAGUACUUUCCAACAAA